GGCUCUUAGCAGGCAAUUAGUUUCGAAUAAUACCAAAUUAUUUUGGCUGUACCCAGUGCCAUCACUCGUUAAUAUGCUACGUCAAAUACACAACAAAUAUAGGAAGCUAUUAACAAUGGCUCGCGCAGUUCCUAAGAAUCCUUUGAUAUUUGUUCUCGGUGCGACUGGUACUGGAAAAUCACAAUUGGCUAUCGACCUCGCAAAACGAUUUAAUGGCGAAAUAAUAAAUGGCGAUGCUGUGCAAAUGUAUGAAGGUUUACCUAUCAUUACAAACAAGGUCACUGUCGAGGAACAAAAUGGUAUUCCACACCACUUGCUAGGAUUUAUUCCCCUGGAUGCGGAAACAUGGACGGUAGGGACAUUCAAGGAUCGAGCAAGCCAGAUAAUCCAAGAAAUUCGGUCCAGGGGACGGAUACCCAUUGUAGUAGGCGGAACGCAUUACUAUACACAGUCUCUUCUAUUUGAACAUGAGCUCGUUUCCUCCGCCUCCGGGAAAAGUUCCGGGGAAGGGCAGGAUAAUGAACAGCUCUCCAUAGAAGAGAUAUCCAAACGAUUUCCAAUACUCGAUGCACCCACAGAACAAAUACUGGAUCGAUUGAGGGAAGUUGAUCCCAUCAUGGCUGCGCAGUGGCAUCCCAAUGACCGACGCAAGAUUCAAACAUCGCUGCAAAUAUUCUUAACAAGUGGAAAGAAAGCCUCCGAUAUCUAUAAGGAGCAGCGAGAGACCAAAGCCAUGGCCCAAGCAACCUCGGACGGUAACUCGGAUUAUCCAGACGCAUUUAACAUAGGCUCACCAUUGCUAUUUUGGGUUCAUGCUAAAUCAGAUAUUCUCAAAUCAAGGCUUGACAAAAGAGUCGAUAAGAUGAUUGAUGUUGGCCUAUUGGAUGAGGUCAAGUCUAUGGAGAGAAUUCGCCAAGAAUACAUUCGUGGUGGUGUUGAUCUUGAUCUUUCUCGUGGAAUAUGGGCCUCUAUAGGCUGGAAGGAAUUUGAGCUGUAUCUACGCGCUCUUGAGCAGGAGGACAGAGAUCCAAAAAAGCUAGGUGCCCUCCGUGAUGAUUCGCUCGAAAAAAUGAAGGCAGCCACCCGACAAUAUGCGAAGAGGCAAAUUCGAUGGAUCAGUCUGAAAUUGAUACCGAGUCUUGUUCAAAUGAACGCCCUCGAUAGAUUAUAUCUCCUCGAUGGUACAGAUGUAUCAUCAUGGUUGGAGAAUGUGUCAGAGGCUGCUAUUGGUGUUACCCAAGAAUUUCUUCUUGGCAGCAAGCUGCCAUCACCAAGUGAAAUGUCAACCCUAGCUGGAGAAUUUCUAAAUCCCGAAAAACCCUUGCAGCACUCCCAGAGCAAAGCCCGUUGGGUGCCAAAGAAAUGUGAAAUAUGUCACAUCGUCGUUAUGACAGAAGGUCAAUGGCAAGUGCAUUCUACAACCCGCGCCCAUCGACGAAUGGUAAAGAAGUUGCAAAAAAAUGGGGUGGGUGGUAGGUCCUGUCAUAAUAGCGAAAAGGGUGGUAGCACAUCAUCAUUUGCUACUUGAAUGGCAGCAAUGCUGUGCCCACAGGCAUAAAUGACGCAGAUCUCCAACCCCCACGCCAGGCCAACAGAUGAAAAAUUGGUAGCUUUUAGAGCUCGUAACAAAUCUUUGGUAACAUGACCAUUAUCAGAAUUGUAGCCAAGAUCCAGCCUUACGAAACAUGGACGGAAAUGAAACCAGGAGUAACUUGACAUCUUACGCGAGGCUGUUCGUAAGACUCCGGGUUAUACUUGAUGCUGUACCUCAAAACGGAGAUUAGGAAUUACUACAAACGUAGAAUUUCCCACGCUGGCUGUACCUGGAGUGGUAGUACAUCGUGAAGCGCUUCUGUGGGAACACGCGAGAACGAACGAACUCGCACCAGACAAUUUCAACAACUUGUUCUGCGCUAUAUCUUUAAUUUUAAUAGGGAAUUCGUCGAAAACGCUCGAGUUGCCAAAGAUUGAUAAGAUAGAGACCAUUGGACAUGGACCAACAAGACUUUUGAAGAAUUUUUUCCA